UUAACUCACUCCUCAGUCUUACCUGCACUGCCACGGCUGUCCUCUGUCAAGACACGAAUCGAACCCGAAGCGUCGCUCACAGAUACAAGCCAGUGACAGUGAAAAUAGAAAUAACCGAUACCGCCAACUGCUCCCUCCCCGCUAGCUUAGACGGAUGCGCUCCACCACCAGACAUCAAAUUGGGAGGGGCAACUGUGGAUCUGGACUGGACACCCUUCAAAAAGCUUUCCCUCUGACCUGCUCGGUCCGACUCAGCCAGGCUAGUUGAGCACAGCGGAGCACAGCAAGCGCCCUCUGGACAGCAUGGGACUCACACAGGACCCCAACUUCCAUAAGCUGCAGGACUGGUACACAGCCCAUGCCCUGAACCUCAACAUGAGGCACAUGUUUGAGGCUGACAAGGAGAGGUUCAAGAAGCUCAGCCUCACACUGAAAACUGAGGAUGGAGAAAUUCUUCUGGAUUACUCCAAGAAUCUCGUCACAGAUGAAGUCAUGAAGAUGUUGGUUGAUCUGGCCAAGUCAAGAGGUAUUGAAGCUGCCAGAGACAAGAUGUUCAAAGGAGAGAAGAUCAACUUCACUGAGGGCCGCGCUGUGCUCCAUGUGGCUCUGAGGAACCGCUCCAACACUCCCAUCAUAGUUGAUGGCAAGGAUGUAAUGCCAGAUGUCAACAAGGUUCUGGAGAAGAUGAAGGGCUUCUGUCAUAGAGUGCGCAGCGGUGAGUGGAAGGGCUACACAGGGAAAACCAUCACGGAUGUUGUUAAUGUCGGCAUUGGAGGAUCUGACCUUGGCCCCCUGAUGGUGACUGAGGCCCUGAAGCCUUACUCGAAGGGUGGACCGCAUGUGUGGUUUGUGUCCAAUAUUGAUGGAACGCACAUCACCAAAACCCUGGCACACCUCAAUGCCGAGACAACACUCUUCAUCAUCGCAUCCAAGACAUUCACCACUCAAGAGACCAUUACCAACGCUGAGUCGGCCAAAGCAUGGUUCCUUGAACAUGCCAAAGAUAAAGCUGCUGUUGCCAAGCACUUUGUGGCCCUGUCCACAAACGGCCCCAAAGUGAAGGAUUUCGGCAUCGACACGGAGAACAUGUUUGAGUUCUGGGAUUGGGUUGGUGGUCGUUUCUCCUUGUGGUCUGCAAUUGGAAUGGCCAUUGCCCUGCACAUUGGCUUCGACAACUUUGAGAAGCUUCUUUCAGGAGCUCACUGGAUGGACAACCACUUCCACACCGCUCCCCUGGAUAAGAACGCUCCUGUGCUGCUGGCUCUGCUGGGCAUCUGGUACAUCAACUUCUUCCAUGCUGAGACCCACGCCAUGCUGCCCUACGACCAGUACAUGCACCGCUUCACUGCCUACUUCCAACAGGGUGACAUGGAGUCCAAUGGAAAGUACAUCACUAACCAUGGAGCACGUGUUAACUACCACACUGGGCCAAUAGUCUGGGGAGAGCCAGGAACCAAUGGACAGCAUGCAUUCUACCAGCUCAUCCACCAAGGAACACGUAUGGUGCCUUCUGACUUCCUGAUCCCAGCUCAGUCUCAGCAUCCCAUCAGAGACAACCUGCACCACAAGAUCCUGCUGGCCAACUUCCUGGCCCAGACAGAAGCUCUGAUGAAGGGUAAGACCACAGAGGAGGCCAGGAAGGAGCUGGAGGCCAGCGGCCUGACUGGAGAAGCUCUGGAGAAAAUCCUGCCUCACAAAGUAUUCCAAGGGAACAGACCAACCACCUCGAUCAUCUUCAAAAAACUGACACCAUACACACUUGGAGCACUUAUAGCGAUGUAUGAGCACAAGAUCUUCAUCCAGGGUUUGAUGUGGGAGAUCAACAGUUUCGACCAGUGGGGAGUCGAAUUGGGCAAACAGCUCGCAAAGAAGAUCGAGCCCGAGCUCAAGGACACCGCAGAGGUCCACUCCCAUGACUCCUCCACCAAUGGACUCAUCAACUUCCUCAAGAAGAACUUUGCCUGAGCCGAGUUACCCCAACAACUUCCACUUUACUCCACAUUAUUAUCCAUCUCAUCAGCUCAUGAGCUGCAUGAACAGGAGAUUCGCAGAGGCAGCUGGUCACUCCCACGCAGUCGAGCUGAAGCACUCUGUAUGUUUGUACUCUCAUUACGAAUAUCGUGACUGUCUACAGUGCUGUCUUUUCUAUGUUUGUUACAGUAGUUUACCAAAGUGAGGGAAAAGCUUUUUGUAUUAGACUGUCAUGGAAGGCAGAGAGAAAUGUCUCUCUCCACUCC